UUAGUACUACAUUUCCCAUACUAAAUGCUGGUGUCACACUGUACCUUCUAUGCUAGUAUGUCGAAAAAGCUUAUUUAAAAGAUAUUUUGGCUUCAUCCACAAGGGACGUCGCGGUCACAGUAGCUGAAUCAUGUUUUCCCAACGUCCUGUGUAAAGCUCCAAUAAGCGAGCAAGCACACGUGCCCUACUGUUGCAUGGUGGGGAAGACUGGAAUGGACUCCAGGAGAGGAGCUGGCAGGAGCUUCACACUGACUGACUGUUGACCCUUGCUGACUCAGUGGAACCUUUCAUGCGCACGCAUAAGCUUACAGGUCCCCUCUGCUGUCCCAUUUCUCUCAGGGGGAGUGUCAGUGCGGAGCAUGUCGCUAGACGAGCGGGUGCGGGAUGUGUUUGCGGCUGCGGUGGGAGCAGUGCAGCCCGACAGCGUGGUGCGUAGAAGCCUGGAACGGAGAGGAGAUCGCCUCCAUGUGGCUGGACACAGCUUUGACCUCAGACACAACCUUCACCUAGUGGGCUUUGGCAAGGCUGUUCUUGGUAUGGCAGCUGAGACGGAAAGGAUUGUGGGAGACCACUUAGUGAAAGGUGUUGUCAGCGUGCCACAUGGUAUCCAGGAGAUAUUGCGACACCAUGGAAAAGGACAAAUGCUACUUGGAGCAGACACUCGUAUUGAGGUGUUUGAAGGUGCCAAGCACAACUUGCCUGAUGCCAAUGCCCAGAAAGCAGCUAAACGCAUCCAUGAGCUGGCCAGUGCUCUCACCGAAUCUGACCUGCUGCUUGUGCUAAUUUCAGGUGGUGGUUCGGCACUCCUGCCAGCUCCAGUGCCACCCAUCUCACUGGACGAGAAACAGGAUGUGACACGAAAAUUAGCAGCUGCUGGUGCCACCAUCCAGGAGCUGAACACGGUGCGCCGUGCCCUCUCCUUGCUAAAAGGAGGCGGUCUGGCCCACUUUGCCCACCCUGCCCAGGUGGUGGCUCUGAUCCUGUCAGAUGUGAUAGGAGACCCUUUGGACUUGAUCGCCAGCGGCCCCACAGUGCACACUGAGAUGCAGCCGGAGGAGGUGUGGGCCAUCCUGGAGUGCCAUGGGCUCUCUGCCUCGCUGCCUGCAUCCGUCAGGGAGGUGCUGGGGAAAGCAGGACCACAGUAUACACAGGAGAAGAAGCAAUACGAGGGCGUGGGGCGUGUGCUGAACACUGUGAUCGGCUCAAACAGCAUCGCUCUGGAGAGUGCAGCCCGGCUUGCACAGGAGAUGGGUCUUCGUCCAGUUGUGCUGUCCCCUGGGGUGUGUGGGGAUGUGCGCUCUGUCGCCCAUCUCUACAGUCUGCUGGCCCGCUUUGCCUGUGCGCCAGGUGCCUCCUCACCUGACCUGAGCACCUUUAUCCUGCAGCUGGGCCCGGAAGUGGGCGUGGAGAGCUGGGAUCUGUGCCGUGUGAUGCAGACGCUGAGUGAGGGCCGUGGGGAAGGCUGGGAUGCCACCUGCCUGCUGGCAGGAGGAGAGCCCACGGUGCAGCUGACGGGGACGGGGAAGGGUGGGCGGAACCAAGAGCUGGCACUGCGACUAGGGAUGGAGCUGGGCAGGGAGAGCCUCUUGCAGGACGUAGUGUUCUUGAGCGGAGGGACAGAUGGGCAGGACGGACCCACGGAGGCAGCCGGAGCUGUGAUUGAUGGGAGGCUGCGUCAGGAGGCACUGGGGCAGGGGCUUGACCAUAAACCUUUCCUCAACAACAACGACUCUUUUACCUUCUUCUCACAGCUCUCUGCUGGCCGGCACCUGCUUCUGCCUGGGCUCACUGGUACCAAUGUGAUGGACGUGCACCUGCUACUAUUACCCACACCUGCAACCACCCCCACCCCGUGACGGCAUCUCCCAGCCCUGGCCCAAGUGGGCCCACUGGGAUCACAUACAGUUCUACUGGAACAGGAUUGUGAGGAUGGACAGACAAUAGCACUACGAACUAAGAAGACAAAGGGAGGGGCACCAUGCAGUGACUACAUCAGGCGUAGCCCAGAUAAACACUAAAACUGUGGGACCAAGACGGAGAGAGGCUGCUGUAAGCAUCACAUUUGUCAGAAAUGCUAUCUGAAGUAGUCUGCCUGUUUUACCUGUAUUGUAUUUUGUAGUAUUCAUUUUCAGUUCUACUGCUCUCAGGACACAUGGAAAAUACACUGGAUGUGGUAUUGCUUAAAUAAAGGAUAUUAUGUA